ACAGUUUGAGCCAACUACAGGGUGAGAGACACACGACUGGCAGCUGGUCCUCAGAGUCACUCCGGCAGGGAUCGAAAAGAAGCGGCUGUCGCAUCGGGAUCAUUUUGGGAUUCAAACCAACGACUCAAAGGCAACUCAGGGGAGCUACAACACAAUGGUUGCUGCGAUGAGGAUGGUGGUCUGCCUCUCCAUGUGGCUGUCUGUGUGUCAGGUCAGCGGAACGUACAUCCCUCAGGAGAUGAACAGGACCCUGCAGAACCUGUGGCAGCACUAUACAUCUUUGCAGAAAAUCUCGAAGGCGGAUUUAUUCGACGGAAAGCUCGUGUUUCCCAGAGAACACCUGAAAGGCAAGAUGGAGAACCAGAUGUUGUUCAUGGGUGGUGUUCUGGAGGCAUAUGAGAAGCUGUUCGGACACAUGCUGAAGCAGUUACCCACUGCGAGUCCCCAGCUAACCAUCAGCCAAAACAAAGCUGACGCUUCAGGCACCGGCACCAGCGGCUCGUCGGCUGCUGGAGACGUCAGGUCCAGUCUGGAAAAGCUUUUACUGAAGAUAAAAGAGCUGAAGACGAAUCGUUACGGGGAGCAGGUGAACCUUCUGCAGGGACUGCAGAAGCUCAAACACAUUGAUAUGGAUAACAUCAAGGUCCAGAGCAAAGCCUUGCGGGAGCUGCCGUGGGUUUACGAGGAAGCGAGCUCGCUGGCGGACAACGUCAUGAGGAGGCGGCGGCGGCGGCGGCAGACGAGGUCCAAGUCUCGCCUGGGAGCCUGAAAGACGAGCAAAAAGGGCGACAACAAUAGCAGCUAGGCAACAAAAACACCAGCGACAUGAGGAUGUCAAACAAGUUUUUAAAAGACUCAAAUUUCUUUAAACCAAAAUCAAUGUGCCUAUUUCAUAUUUUCCAAUCAGGGGCUAUGUCAAACAAAUAUAUAUAUAUACAUAGAGAGAGAUAUUUAUUGACUGAAACAUGAACUAUCAGGCUAAGCUUGGUAAAUCUACUGAAAUGCUUUUAAAAGGGGAUUUAAUAUUGUUGUUUUUUUAUUUUUUUACUUGAAACAGGAUCCUGCAAAGUUCAGGACAAAUAACAAUGCCUGGAAAUACUUGAUUUAAUAGUUUUAUUCACUUUAAAAAACAGCAGAGGAUAAAAUACUGAGAUCAGCUACAUGUAAAACAACUUAGUGCUGGUAAACAUGUACAAUUAUCUCUCUUACAAGUGAUUGCUUUCCUUUCUGAACUCCUAUUGGACGGUGGCGGAGAGGUGGGUGGGGCCAAACUGGGCACAACCCUUUGAUUGGUAAAAAAGUGACACUUCAGAUGUGAAUGACAGAGUCGCCCAAACCAAGUGUUGUUUAUCAUGAGAGUUUUUCUUUCUUUCUUGAGAACGAAUGAAUUUUGUAUGAACAUAAACCUGCUUCCACUUAAGUGCCUUGGAGAACUGAUGAUGAUGUUUACAAAUGAAGUACAUCACAGUUUAUCCUCAUAUACUGCAGAGUACUCUUCUCUGAACCUUCAAGUGCUGAGGUAGUACUGUUAUUGCAGUGGAGGUGCUACAGUCGUCAGGGAAUUUAUCAUUUUUGCUGGACUGUUUUAGUUUUUUUAUAUUUAUUUUGUAUUUAAGUGUUUUAUUUAAUAGUGAAUCAUGCUGUUAUGACUACUGAUUAUUUAUUGUGUAUUUAUUGAUUGGCACAAGCUGACAG